AUGGUGGGCUACAAUCAGUAUGGUGGGCUAACAGGAAGUCGUACAAUCACUAUGGUGGGCUACAAUCAGUAUGGUGGGCUAACAGGAAGUCGUACAAUCACUAUGGUGGGCUACAAUCAGUAUGGUGGGCUAACAGGAAGUCGUACAAUCACUAUGGUGGGCUACAAUCAGUAUGGAGGGCUAACAGGAAGUCGUACAAUCACUAUGGUGGGCUACAAUCAGUAUGGAGGGCUAACAGGAAGUCGUACAAUCAGUAUGGUGGGCUACAAUCAGUAUGGUGGGCUAACAGGAAGUCGUACAAUCAAUAUGGUGGGCUAACAGGUCUCUUCACAUUUUGGAGUCAGAAAAUUGUUUCCCCCAAAUUAUGUUUUGCAAAAUAGAAAAUUGCUUUAAAUUGGGGUUUUCAACUUCUGUUGGAUCAAAAGAAAAAAACAGAUGAAAAGUCUCAUAGGCUCUCUCUCUCUCUCCCAUAGCAGUGAGUGCAGUCUCUCUCCAGGUGCUCAACAAAGGGGGUUUCUCUCUCUCUCUCCCAUAG